AUGGGGGUGUCAGAAGGAGGGGGAGAGAAGGAAAAGAGAUGGAACAAAACCAGCAUGCUCACCCAGAGGAAAUGUGAGUUUGGUGAUGUCAGUGGGUUUGGUGAUGUCAGUGAGUUUGGUGAUGUCAGUGGGUUUGGUGAUGUCAGUGGGUUUGGUGAUGUCAGUGGGUUUGGUGAUAGUGAGUUUGGUGAUGUCAGUGAGUUUGAUGAUGUCAUUGACUUCAUGACUCAGCCCAAAGAUCAGCUUGGACAUUAUGCAGAGAAUUAUAUAAGAACUGUCUGUCCCCACAAGACCACAAUCUUCUCAGGCCUAAUACCUGAUGGCUGCACAAGCAAGACAGUUCUAGGUGGUGAGACAGGGGGCGGGGGUGGAGAAAUGGGAGGAGGGAGGGAAACUGCCUUUUCUACAUUGACACUUCAGAGCCAAGGAGGGCAGAAAUAUGGUGGACAUGAUCAGAUAGAUUUGUACGAUGAUGUCAUCUCUCCGUCUGCAAAUAAUGGCGAUGCCCCAGAAGACCGGGACUACAUGGAUACUCCACCGACUGUUGGUGAUGAUGUGGGGAAAGGAGCAGCACCAAACGUUGUCUAUACGUACACUGGAAAGAGAAUUGCAUUAUAUAUUGGAAAUCUACAUGGGUAGUGGACAACAGAUGAGGACUUAACUGAAGCAGUUCAUUCUUUGGGAGUAAAUGAUAUUUUGGAGAUAAAAUUUUUUGAGAAUCGGGCAAAUGGACAAUCAAAAGGAUUUGCCCUUGUUGGUGUUGGAUCUGAAGCAUCUUCCAAAAAGUUAAUGGAUCUGUUGCCUAAAAGAGAACUUCAUGGUCAGAAUCCUGUCGUGACUCCGUGCAAUAAGCAGUUCCUGAGUCAGUUUGAGAUGCAGUCCAGGAAAACUACACAAUCAGGAAAAUGUCUGGGGGAAGGUAAAGCUGGUCCUCCAGGAGGCAGUUCAAACGUGCAGGCAUUUCCACGUGGUAGAGGACGGGGCCGUUUUCCCGGGCUGAUUCCCGGUGGGGACAGAUUUCCUGGGCCAGCAGGACCAGGAGGGGCCCCUCCACCUUUCCCAGCCGGACAGACUCCACCACGUCCACCAUUGGGUCCUCCAGGCCCACCUGGUCCACCAGGUCCUCCACCUCCUGGUCAGGUCCUGCCACCUCCUCUGGCAGGACCUCCCAAUCGAGGAGACCGCCCUCCACCACCAGUUCUUUUUCCUGGACAACCUUUUGGGCAACCUCCGUUGGGUCCACUUCCUCCUGGGCCGCCGCCUCCAGUUCCAGGCUACGGCCCUCCUCCUGGCCCACCGCCUCCACAGCAGGGACCGCCUCCACCUCCAGGCCCCUUUCCACCUCGACCACCAGGUCCACUUGGGCCUCCCCUCACACUUGCUCCUCCUCCACACCUUCCGGGACCACCUCCAGGUGCCCCACCACCAGCUCCACAUGUGAAUCCUGCUUUUUUCCCUCCACCAACUAAUAGUGGCAUGCCAACGUCGGAUAGUCGUGGGCCACCGCCCACAGACCCCUAUGGCAGACCUCCACCCUACGAUAGGGGUGACUAUGGUCCUCCUGGGAGGGAAAUAGAUACUGCAAGAACUCCAUUGAGUGAAGCUGAGUUUGAAGAAAUCAUGAAUAGAAAUCGGGCCAUCUCAAGCAGUGCUAUUUCAAGAGCUGUGUCUGAUGCCAGUGCUGGUGAUUAGGGGAGUGCUAUUGAAACAUUGGUAACAGCAAUUUCUUUAUUAAACAGUCCAAAGUAUCUGCAAGAUGAUCGUUGCAAAGUUCUUAUUAGUUCUUUGCAAGAUUGCCUUCAUGGAAUUGAGUCCAAGUCCUAUGGCUCUGGAUCAAGAAGACGUGAACGAUCAAGAGAAAGGGACCAUAGUAGAUCGCGGGAAAAGAGUCGGCGUCAUAAAUCUCGGAGUAGAGAUCGUCAUGAUGAUUAUUACAGAGAGAGAAGCACAGAGAGGGAGAGACACAGGGAUCGGGAUAGGGACCGUGACCGGGAGCGUGACCGAGAGCGAGAAUACCGUCAUCGUUAG